CUUUCUCUUAGACUAUCUGCCGCUCCAGCCUUUCGCUAGGGUUUAUCCACCGGCGGCGCGCGCGACGGCGGCAAGAUGGUGCAGCGUCUGACCUACCGCAAGCGGCACAGCUAUGCCACGAAGUCCAACCAGACGCGGGUCGUCAAGACCCCUGGUGGCAAGCUCGUGUACCAGUACACCAAGAAGAGAGCCAGCGGGCCCAAGUGUCCCGUGACCGGGAAGAAGAUCCAGGGCAUUCCCCAUCUGAGGCCAGCUGAGUACAAAAGGUCCAGGUUGUCUAGGAACCGCAGAACUGUGAACCGUCCCUAUGGGGGAGUACUAUCUGGAACUGCAGUUAGAGAAAGGAUCAUCCGUGCUUUCCUGGUUGAAGAGCAGAAGAUUGUCAAGAAGGUGUUGAAAUUACAGAAGACCAAAGACAAGACUUCCUCAAAAAAGUAACUCUGAAACAGAAGUGAGCCACUCUUCUGCAGCAAGGGAAGACAUUUUUGUCGACAGUUAUUAUCAAUGGCUUAGUCUCUUCUAGCUGUUCUAUUGUUCUUGUAUCUUGAGCGGACAACUGGUUUCUAGGGCACCUUGAAAUCUGUCUACGAGAUCUCUAAGAUUAUGAGAUGACAUAUGACCCCCUAUUGCUUUUGUUCACUUUGCUAAAACUGAAAGUCCGAGUUCACAUGAGUUGGGCAUCAGUUGGUGUUUAUUUCCUGCUUGUUGGGUCUUGCGUCUGAAUUGGGAAUCAGUUUGUGUUUA